AUGCCCUACUCCCUUCUGGGCCGAAACGUCUUGGUCAUCGGUGGAUCCCGAGGUCUAGGUGCCAUUGUUGCCGCCAAGUUUGCUGCCGAGGGCAGCAAUGUCGCCAUCAACUACAUGUCGAGCAAGGAAGCGGCCGAGAAAAUUGCUGGGGAUCUUGCGAGCAAAUACAACGUUAAGACGGUCGUGAUUCAGGGUAACGCUGGAAAGCAGUCUGAAGCUACCAAUACGGUUAGAACGGCCAUUGAACAACUGGGAGGUCUGGAUGUUGUGAUUUCGAACGCCGGUUGGACAAAGAUGACCAACUUCGGGGAUUUGGAUGCUAUGGAUGAUGAUGAUUGGGACAAGUGCUGGAAUAUCAAUGUCAAGAGUGGCCUUUAUCUGUUCAAGGCUGCCAAACCGACUUUAGAUGCUAAUCCUGAGGGUGGAGCAUUUAUUAUGACUGCCUCGGUCGCGGGUCUUAUCCCUAGUGGCAGCAGCAUACCAUACGCUGUCACCAAGGCGGCUUUGAUCCACCUGAUGAAGUGCCUUGCGCAAACCCAGGGCUCCAAAAUCCGCGUGAACGCCGUGUGCCCCGGGCUCAUGCUCACUGAAUGGGGUCAGCAGUUCACUCAGGAGAAGAUUGAUGCCAUGUCAGACAAAACGACACUGAAGAAGCUGCCCGAGGUGGAGGACGCUGCGGAUACAUAUCUGUCGAUUGCAAAGAACUCAUCUAUGACUGGGGCAACAGUCCAAAUUGAUUCCGGAUUCGCGAUCCGGUAG